AUGUCACCGCCCUGUGUGAAUUGUGAGGGAGCGGAUCAGUCAGUGUGCCAGUCUCCUGUGCUGACACCUGCCUGCUGCACCAUGAGGGCCAAAGCCUCAGACAUGCACAGCAAGGACUGUGUCAAGGUGGCCGUCAGAGUCCGGCCGUUCAACAAGAGAGAGCGGGAUGCAGGCAGCCGAUGUAUCAUCUCCAUGGUGUCCAGCUCCAUUACCAUCCAGGACCCGCGUGAGUCCCAGAGCCGUCGUUCAUUUUGUUUUGACUACGCCUACUGGUCACACAGUGGCUUCACACGAGACCGUGGAGGCCUGUUUGUGCCUGAGGAGCCUGGGGGACGAUACGCCGACCAGGACAGUGUGUUCCAGGACCUGGGGGAGGGAAUACUGGAGAAUGCACUACAGGGUUACAACGCCACGCUGCUGGCCUACGGGCAGACAGGCUCAGGGAAGAGUUACUCCAUGGUGGGUUACGGGCCUAACAAAGGUCUGGUUCCUAAACUGUGUGACCGACUGUUUCAGGCCAUCAGAGAGAACCAGGACAGCAGACAGUGUCAGGUGUUUUUCAGCAUGUUGGAGAUCUAUAAUGAGCAGGUGAUUGACCUGCUGUCUCGGGGGUCUCGUACUCCAGGGGGGCUCAGAGUCAGAGAGGAGCAGCAGAGAGGCUUCUAUGUGGAGGGUCUCCGAACAGUCCCGUGUGACAGCGCCCCACAGGUGGAGCAGUUGAUGGAACAGGGGACCAGGACCCGAACCACUGCUGCCACUCACAUGAACGCCAACAGCAGUCGCUCGCACAUGCUCAUCAUCCUCCAGCUCAAACAGAUCUUUUCCAAAGAGAGCAUCACAAAGCAGUCCAACAUCAACCUGGUGGACCUGGCCGGCAGUGAGCGUCAGCGGUCGUCAGGGUCGGAGGCCGACAGACUCAAAGAGGGCACAGCCAUCAACCUGAGCCUCACCACCCUGGGCAAUGUCAUCAGCGCCCUCGCCGAUGUGGCGGUGGGAAAGAAGGUUGUCCAUAUACCCUACAGAGACUCAGUGCUCACCAAGCUGCUGCAGUCUGCACUGGGAGGCAACAGUCGCACUGUCAUGAUUGCCACACUGAGCCCUGCUGACAUCUGCUAUGAGGAGUCUCUGUCAACCCUGCGCUAUGCCGAGAGGGCAAAGCGUAUCCAGAACCGAGCAGUGGUGAACGAGAGCCCCACUGAGCGUCUGGUUAAAGAGCUGAAGGCUGAGAACGCCAGACUGCUGCAGCGCCUGAGCCGGCUGGGCCAGGAGGGACGCAGAGCUAACGACGAGACCAAGGAGCUUCGUCAGCUGCUGACCCACAAUGAGCUCCAGAUCAGAGCCAUUCAGACUCUGUGGGAACAACACCUGCAGGAGGCGCUGAAGGACUGGGAGCAGCAGUAUGCUAACAUCACACAGGAGAGGAGGAUGAUGCAGAUGCAUCCCUACAUCCUGAACAUCAACGAGGACGCUCAGCUGUCAGGAGUGGUCAAGCUUUUCAUUCAGGAGGGUGAGUGGGACAUUGGCCUGUGUGACUCCUCCCCAAGAUCCAUCUCUAUCAAAGGCUUAGGGAUCCAGGAGCGUCAUGCUGUGUUCAGGAAUGAACAGCGCCGAGUAACCCUGACCCCGCUGGCAGGGUCCAAGGUCACUGUCAACGGCAACGCUGUCUCCCAGACAACUGAGCUGCAGCACCUGGACCGGCUCAUUCUCGGCUCCAACUGCACCUACCUGUUCAUUGGUUAUCCGUCUGAGAGGGGCGGGGAUGACUGGAGCCGCUACGACUAUGACUACUUCCAGUCUGAGCUGGCGGCUGCUGAGGGCAUCCACUUGGGUGAGUCCAGUGCUGGCUCCAGUCAGACAGACCCCAGUCUGCUGGCCGUCUUCUAUGACUACAUCAAACUGAUGCCCAUGGUGGCUGAGGCCAAUCAGAUUAGCCAGGAGCUGAACAAGGGGGUGGAGUUUAAGUUGGAGAUCAAGAAUCUGGCACUGUCGGAUCCAAAAGGACAUGAUCUGGAGAAGGAGAUUGUUGUCCGAGUCACCUCUGUUGGAAGAAAACAGGUGUGGAUGUGGUCCAAGGCCAAGUUUGUGAACCGUAAAUUCCUGAUGGAGGAAGCCUACCAGCAGCACCAGGCUGAGAGGAGCAGAGACAGUAGAGCCGAGGGGCUUUCUACAGUUGCAUUACCCAGAGACAAAGACCCGUUCUGGGAUCCUGUGGAGCCUCUGCUCCUGGGCACUGCUCACCUCUGGCUGCAGUCUUUGGCCUUCCGCAUCCCUCUGGAAGAGCAACUCGAGGUGCUGGGGUCAGAGGGCACAGAGGAGGCCAUUCUACAAGCACAGCUGGUCCCCUGCAGCUCCACGGGACUCCCUCUGGGUGAGGACGACAUUCUGAUCGACCCGUCUGAGUUACUGGGUCGACGACUGGACUUCCAGCUGGUCCUGGAACAGUGCUGUGGACUGCGCUGGAUCAGAGAGGCCCGCAACAGAGGGGUCCAAAUUGGUUUCAGGUUGUUUGACUGCAGUCAGCCUCUCUACACUCCGGCUGUGUGGCAUAACGUCAAUCCUCUGCUGGAUCACAGAGUUCACUUUGCCUCCCUCCACACCUCCCAACGUCUGCUGGAUUACCUGCAGAGCAGCGCUGUAGUGCUGGAGCUCUGGGGCCUUCAAGAGGGUUGUACUGACCUGAUCUCAUCUCUGGAGGGAGUGAGGAUGACUACAGAGGGUAUCUUCAUCAUUGAAGAGGCAGGCACAACAGACAUGGCACCUGUAGACUCCACAGAGCUCAGCUGUUCAGUCAGAGUUCUUCAGCAGGACUUGGAGGAGCUGAGGAGUGUUAAUGCAUCACUGAGAAAAGAGAAUCACAGUCUGAGAGAACAACUCAGUGCAGCCAGGAACAGUGGGGAGAGUGUGCGAGGUCGAUCGGUGCGUCCCAGCUGUGAUGCAGAGUUCGCUCGUGCUCUCAAAGUUUUCUACCACAGCAUGACCUCAGUCAGGGGUCAGCUGCAACGCCUACGCAGACACAAGCCCAGCGAGGAGUCCGACCUGCUGGGGCUCAGACUGUUUGUGGACGAGCAGAGUCGUCUGCUGAGGGACUUUUCUGAGCAGCUGGAACAGAGCGUCUCCACACUCAAACAAGAUGUAGCCGCCAUCGUCCGCCGCAAACGAGAGCGAUCGGGAAUCUGGUCUUGACGGAGUUACAUGUUUACAGAUUUCUUACAAA